AUGGCGUGUUUGUCUCGAACAUCGCGGAAAAUAUUAAAUAAUGCGAAAUUUUCACGUUUUAUCUCUCGCGAUAGUGCUUUUGUAAAACAAAACAAUUACCAUAAUGUCUGGACCGCUUGUGCCUGUGUUAUUGGUAGUGGUGUUAUUUUCUAUGCAGUUAAAAAUAGAUAUGGAAGACACACUGUCUACGCGCUUAAAGCUAAGCAACCCGAAGAGUUGGCGAAAUCGGUGAAACUGACGUCACGCGAGCGACGCUUCAUAAAGUUCGCGAGCGUGGAGCACGGUGGACAGCUGUACAUGACACCUCAGGACUUUCUCGAGUCUGUGGUCGAGCAGGAGCCUCGUCCUCGGCUGAAGCGUCGAGUGCUCAACGUGAAGGAGAUAGAACAGCUGCGAGAUAGCACGCCACCGCUGAAGAAGGGCUCAUCGCAGAUGUUCAGGAAUAUGAGGGACAAGGGAAUAAUAUCGUACACGGAAUACUUGUUCCUGCUUUCCAUCUUAACAAAACCUGCGUCGGGAUUCCAGAUAGCCUUCAACAUGUUCGACACGGACGGUAACCAGAGAGUCGAUAAAAAUGAAUUUCUCGUCAUACAGCGCCUGCUCGGUGGUUCGAUGAAGGAGAGGAAAGAUUUGGACUUGUACUCCCAACGGGCACUGCUUUCUCUAGUCUCUGCAAGUUCUCUAAGGACCCGGAUGGGGCAAACUGACCAACCGCCAAAACCUUCAAUAAUGGAGAAGAUAUUCAGCUUCGCGUGGCGCGACAAACGCGGCAUGUCCGAAGACGAGAAAGUGGAGGGUAAAGAGGAGGAGGGAAAUAAGGGUAAGCCUCGAGAACAUUACAUCAAUGACGACCAAGGUCUACAGAGGAGGCACAAUAUUGACACGAUGCUUCAGGUCCACUUCUUCGGUAAAAAGGGUAAUAACGAUCUCAAAUUCGAAGGUUUUCGUCAAUUCAUGGAGAAUUUGCAGACUGAAGUUUUGGAACUGGAAUUUCAUGAGUUUGCUAAAGGUCACGAGACCAUAUCCGAAGUGGACUUUGCGAAGAUUCUCCUCCGUUACACCUAUUUGGACACUGACGAAUACGACAUGUACCUGGACAGACUACUGGACCGCGUCAAGUACGGACAGGGGAUCACGUUCCACGAGUUCAAGACCUUCUGCCAGUUCCUGAAUAACCUGGAAGACUUUACCAUCGCCAUGAGGAUGUACACCCUCGCUGACCAUCCUAUAUCUAAAGACGAGUUCCAUCGCGCUGUCAAGAUCUGCACGGGCAUCGCGCAGUCGGAACAUCUAGUGAGCACCGUGUUCGCCAUCUUCGACGCGGACGGUGAUGGUCUUCUCAGCUACAAAGAGUUCAUCGCCAUCAUGAAGGACAGACUGCAUCGGGGCUUCAAGUCCUAUGCGAAAAAUGAAGGUUGGGAGGCAUUCAAGUCCUGUGUUAAACAAGAAAUGAAAAGUGCCGUCUAA